UUGUCAGAUGUCAGAUGUCUGUAAGUUUCAGCUGAUUCUUUAGCCAGUUAACAGGUUAUUAUUACUCAUUGGUAGGCUAUAGAUACAUCUUAUAAAAUAUCAGUUUUUAUUUUAUUGCCUUUAUAAUAUAUCAUUUGGUAAAUUGGGAGUUUUUCAACAAUAAGAAAACAGAAUGGAAUUGGCUGUUUCAUCUAGAUUAGCGAUAGAAGAACAGAUGAAUGGAACUGUUUGCAAAGUUUGUUCAACAUUUUCCAAGUUUUCCGAUUUAACAAAUCAUAUAAAAAGAAAACACCCAGAACAAAUUGACAUUGUUCCAAAGAAAGCUAGAACUGGGUCAUAUGUAUGCGAAGAAUGUGGAGAAAGAUUUAUUCGUUUGUCUGGUUUAAAUCAACAUAUUAAAAAGAUGCAUUGCUCAGGUAACAUUAGAGAUAUUACACCUACARAAAUCAAAUGUGCUUUGUGUGAUAAUUUAAGUGCUAACAAAGCAGAUAUUAUGCUWCAUUACAACAGACAUCAUGACAUUGUUGUGCAAAAUGAAUGUUUAGAGUUUGAUUCACUCCAUGACUUCCAGCUUUGGAAAGGAAAAAUUGAGAARCAAACCUUGUCGUCUUUUGUGAAUAAGCAUGGCAUUAAAAAAAAAGGAAAUUCUAAGAAAAUUAAAUACGAAUGUCAUCGUUCAGGAAAAUUUAAAACCGAAGGAGAGAAUAUUCGGUCUCUGAAGCAUYAAGGCAGCAAUAAAAUMAAUGGUUUCUGUCCAGCUGAAAUGGAUGUUGUGUUUGGAGACACUAAAUGUUCAGUUCAGUUUUGUAAGACMCAUGUUGGACAUAAUCAAGACAGAGAUCUAGGACAUAUUUUUCUUUCAAAAACCGAUAGAGAGAAGAUAGCUGCCAGGAUUUCUGCACAAAUACCGUUCCAAAUAAUUCUGGAUGAAAUUAGAGAUUCUAUUUCAAACUGUAAACUUGAACGAAUUCAUCUUUUACAGAAACAGGACUUAUAUAAUAUUCAGCGGUCAUUCAACUUAAAUAACUUUGGGAUGCGACAUAAAAAUGAUGCCAUUAGCGUUGAUGCGUGGGUGAAUGAGCUGAAAGAAUCUGAGUCAAUUUUAUAUUACAAGUCACAGGACAGUUCGUCUGAUUAUCCUGGUGUGAAGGAUGAAGAUUUUAUCUUAAUUAUCAUGACUCCUGGACAAAAAGAACUUUUGCUGAGGUUUGGCAAUGACUGCGUUUGUAUGGAUGGCACCCAUGGCCUAAAUGGAUAUGGUUUUGAACUACAUACGUUACUAGUUCUUGAUGAGCUGCGAGAAGGCUAUCCUGGAGCCUUCCUCAUUUCAAAUAAAUGUGAUGGAGCUGUAAUGGAAAUUUUUUACUCUUACAUUCAGUUGGCAAUUGGACAGCUUAAGCCAAAAAUAUUUAUGUCAGAUAUGGCAGAAGCUUAUUAUACGGCCUGGAUCAACAUCAUGCAACCACCAGAAUUCCGAUUGUUUUGUACUUGGCACGUGGACAGGGCCUGGCGGAAAAAUUUGAACAAGAUUAGCGAAAAAGAUGAAAAGAAGUUCCUGGAAUACUGCCAGUCACAAAACGUCACAGAGGAGUUUGGAAAGUAUUUCGAGUCACACUACGCUUUCACAUACGCAAAUUGGGCCUACUGUUAUCGGCUGCACUCGGGAUUAAACACAAAUAUGCAUCUGGAGCGAAUGCACAGAACCAUUAAGUAUUUAUACCUGGAUGGAAAGUUUGUCAAAAGACUUGACAAGGCUAUCUGUGCCAUUCUCAAAUUUGUAAGGGAUAAAAUGUUUAAUCGGCUGAUUAGUAUUCACAAAGGCAAAGGAUGCAGUAAGCUAAGUGAUUUGCGAAAAAAAACAUAAAACUAGUGAACAACUGGAUUUGAACAAGGUGAGAAAGAUUGAUAUAGGCUGGUUGGUGCCCUCCGAAUCUACCAAUGAAAUGUAUGUAGUGGAGAGAUUGUCAUUAGGUUGCACAUGUAAACUUGUCUGUGAUAAAUGUCAGGCGUGUAUACAUCAGUAUACAUGUUCCUGUCUGGACUGCAGUGUCAAAUGGAACAUGUGCAAACAUAUUCAUUUGGUAUGCACAUUCAUUAGCAAAAUCUCGGGCGAAGAAGUCCAAACGGAAUCAGGUAUUUUUGAAAAUUUAUCUUAAUCUCUUACUUUAAUGUGUCAAUAUUUUAGUCACUGAUCUAAAAGAGCAACUAUAUAGCAAUGUUUUGUUUUUAACUAACUGUUAUGUUUCUUCAUAAUUUUCUUUCUCAUCUAUUUAUUUUUUUCUGUUGUGUAGUUCGCCAGGAUCAUAAAAGUGAUGAAGAACUUAAUGCAAUUUUGCAAGCAGUCAGUACGAGCAAAACGGAAGCAAAAUUGGAUGCGGAUAAGAAAGACUUUAUCCUAACUCUUAUGACAUAUGUCAAUCAAUGCAGAACGUCAGAAGAAUUAGAUAUAUUAAAAAAACUUACUGCACCAUUUCCCCCAACACUGCAAGCUGUGCGAACAAAUCCAGCAUCUAGUUCUUUAUUGCCAUCUGCUAGAAACAUAUCUACUAAUAAAAAUGUUCAGCCGCAGAGGCGUAUAUACUCAACUAGAAAAGUGACAAAGGAAAAACACAAGGAAAUCCCGACUCAAAAUGAGACUUACACUUUAGCAUUACAACUUUUGUCUUCAGAAAAAAAAAUCGGUAGUUAAUCGUAUUAUUGUAUUGUAACGGAAAUGAUCUGGUUUGCCCCGGAUUGUUAAUUUACUUAAAUCAAUUACUAAAUAUGUUAGUCCAUG